AUGCCACCUAUUAACGGAGCUGCUGCCACAGUGGGCGUCAUCGCCAUCUCGGUCGCUGCUGCGGCCGCGGUAGCCAUCUACGAAUCCCCCGAGCUGCAGCGCUUCACCAACGAUCUCCGUCGUCGCAUUGCCAUCGCGCUCCACGCCUUCGGCGAUAGCAUCACGCCUCAAGAGCGCCAGAACCUCUUCAACCGUCCCGAAGAUGCCGAGGGAUUCCUACAAUCGCACGGUCUAGGACCAGGGAGUGUCCCAGACUUCGAGGCCGAUGCCGAGUCCCUCCGCCGUCAGCGAGAGGAGCUGAUGUACUGGAACGCUAUACGCGAAUCCAAGGAGUCCAAGGAACACGACGAUGAAAAAAGACAGUACCGUCAACGGUCGUCAACUGGGACGAGCUUCGACGACUUCCUAAAACAAGAUGAGAGUGCCGAGAAGGGCACAUACGUAUAUCAGACGGGCCACGACGCUCUUGAUGGGGAAGGAUUGAUUCGACGACGCCACCGCAGCGACGGAUCGCGGGGCAUGAACCACUCGAUAUACACGGACCCGUUCGCCGAUGAGCACGGCAUCGAAGACGACAUCGCCUUUGAGAAUAGCUUAAUGGAGCCCGGCAAGGACGAGGUGGCAUCAGAUAUCUACAGCGCCACCGACCUCGGCGCCUACCAGCCUUCGCGGACCCUAUCACCGCAACCAAAACUGGAAGGAAUUGCAAACACUCUCGCGGAAAUGGAUAUUGAGAAGAAACCAGACACUACCCCCGCCACCCCCACCGCGCGCUCCGAACUCCAGCCUCAGUCCCGAUCCCAACCCCCUUCGGAAUCAGAGUUAGGUGCAGACGAGUACAUGACCGCAGGCCAGGACGAUCGCAACAGCCACGACGCAUACAGCUCAAUCCAGGCAUGGGCGACGCACGCCUCGCUCGACGCAAGCUUCUAUUCGCCGCUGCCGGAGUCGCCUGCUGCGCCGGCCUCUGAAGCAGAGCUCAUCAGCGACGGCGAGCUGACGCCGACAGACUCUAUGUCGCUGGCGGGGUCGGGUGUUGACGUAGCGGACGAGAUGCGCUCUGUCGGCGCUAGAUCGUUCGAUGUGCUCAGCGAAGACGACGACGGGAUGCAUACGCCUUCCAGCUGGACAGAUGUCGAGAGCGCUGCGGGCGAGAGCGAGUUCGGCGCUGUGAGGGCUAACUAG